AUGGAUAUUCAAAUGAUUCAAGAAAUUGAACUCCAAAAUCAAAAUUGGCGAAAGGCUUAUCGUGCUGUACUUAAUGAUUAUUCAGAUGUUGAAUGUCGACAGAAAAAUCGUUUACCGUCACGUAAAAUAUCUGAGAUUGUUAACACUCUACAGCAUGAUCUGUCUUCAACAACUGGCCAAAACAAUUCCAUUUUACCAGAAACUAAAGUACUUGUAUCUUUAAGGUUUCUAGUAACAGGAAGCUUUCAAAAUCCAAUAGGCGACACUUCUGAGAUUAGCCAGGCUAGCACUAAUCGAAUAAUCCAUCAGUUUUGUGAGUCCUUUAUGCAACACUACAUUACCUUGUCAUGGUACAGUAGUCAAGAGGAAAUAACUAAAGUGAAACAAUGUUAUUUUGAGGCUUUUGGAGUAAAGGGUCGUUUGGGACUAAUUGAUGGUACUAUGGUGCCCAUCAAAGGAGUCACUGUGGCUGAUGAACCAGCUUUUAUUUGCAGAAAAGGCUAUUCAGCUAUAAAUUGCCAAUUUGUUGUCGAUUAUGAUGGACAGUUCAGAAAUGUAGUAACUAAAUAUCCAGGAUCAUGUCAUGAUGCUUUUGUUUAUUCAAAUUCUACUUUAAAACAAACGAUGGAAGCUGAUCCAGUUGCGGGUUUUCUUAUUGGUGAUUCGGGAUACGGGUUAUCGCUAGUUAUGAUUACACCAUUUAGUCCUGCAAUAACCCCUGAAGAAAUGUUUUUCAACAAAACCCACUCAAGGGUUCGAAGUAGAAUAGAACGUUGUAUUAGCAGUCUCAAAAACAGGUGGAGAUGUCUACAUAAAAGUGGC